GCGUAAAAUCAAAGUAAGUCUGGGUCUCUGGGAGUUCAACAGCGGAAGACAAGGACCGAAGGAGCAGCGUGGGCGAGAGGAAAACGGUGGGGAUGGGCUGGAACUGCGGCGCUCAACCUCCUCCGCCGACCGCGAGCGGCAGCCGCUUUGCAGUCAUCGCGUCUCACUUGUCCCACUCUUCGCUGGGGAUGGGCGAGAAGGAAGCCGCCGAGCCCAUCGGCGGCCCCACCAUUUUCGACAGAAUUAUCAGGAAGGAGAUCCCGUGUCAGGUGGUUUAUGAGGACCAAAAGUUGACAAAAUUCGAGAACUACGUAUCCUCAAACGUUCCUCCUUGACAAUCUGGGUCAGAAAUCUGGUGAAGUUUACAUCCGUCACCUGGUGCCAUGUAAGCAGGGGGACCUCGCUGCGAAGUCUUCAGGCUUAAGAUGGAAAUGAAUUGAUCCUAUCCUCAUCAAUUUGUGCUCCUGAAAUAACACCUUCAAUUUCCCUGCCGGCCACCUUCAG